AUGCUCGCGAGCGGGGCGAAGCCAGAGGAAGCGAAUGAUCCGAGAUGCAAAGAGGCUGUGAGGGAAAUAUUGAAAUUGUGUGCUGGUUUGCCGCUUGCUCUGAACGUAGCCGGGACGGGUGUCAGGUACAUGAGAGAUAGAUGGGAGGGAGAAAAGUCACAAGCGUGGGAGGCAUACCUUUCGAAGAUGAAGAGCUGUAACACGAUUCGUAGUGAGAGUCCAGGGGAUGGGUAUUUGUUGUCGUUAGACGCGACAUUACAUGCGUCACUAGAGAUUGUGGAGUCCGGCAUGGGGAGCGAUGCGGAGAGGUUAGGUCAGUUUUCGUUUCGAAAGAUACAUCGGAGUCUGUGUGUUAUGAAGAAGCAAGACGGGAUGCCUUUGUCGUUGGUAAGAGAGUUGUGGGAAAUGGACUACGACUCGGCUGAAAAGUAUGUGAAGCAGAUGGAAAGGGUUGGAUUAGUAGACAUUCAUUACGACAAGGAUUGUGGGUGGGUACGGAUGCAUGAUCUGACGCACGAUUUUGCGGUGCAGGAGGCGCAGAAGGAGGAAAGUGUAACGGUCUGGUAUAAGAAGUUGGCAGAUGUAUGCAGGCAGGGAGGGGGACUGCUUGCUAUGACUGAGAGCGAGGGCAGAGAGAGCAAGGAUGCAAGAGAGAAGUAUGUUUUCGAGAAUAUAUAUCGCGUUCUGAAACAGGGCGGGUAUGUGGAGGAGCUGAAGAAUCUAUUUUUGAGAGCGCGAUGGGUGAAGGCAGUGAUACAGAGAGGAAGUGUGUUGCAAUACGAGGAAGCUGUAAAGGAUCUAAAUAGCUUUUUGAGGAACACGGGAGCAAGCGAGAGCCUUUUAAGGGAUACGGGAGAAGAAGAUUCGGUGUAUGCGAUGGAAUUGAUGAUGAGAGCUGCACGACUGAGUGUACCUUUUUGUGGUGAAAGCAGUGCAGGGAUUUACUUUCAACUGUACGGAAGAAUCAAGCACAGGGCAUCACAAUUAGGAAGCGUGCGAAGGAUACUCGAGGAAAUCGAGGAACACGCGCCACGACCAUGGGUGCGGCCUGUGAGUGAAUGUGUAGGGCGAGCGGGAGGAAGUUUGGUGGAGCAGAUUGUGCUUCCGAAUAUCGUUUACGAAGUCGGCAUGGACUCAACCGGUGGCGUGUAUGGACACUGUUCGGACCUGGGCUAUACCAGGAUCACAGUUUUCACACAGUCUCCGGACAAGGAAAUGAAGAUGACUGAAUUAGACAACGAUUUUGGAACGGGGAGCCGAGAAUUAACAUGCGGUUGUGUCAGUAUGAGCAAACGCUAUGCAGUUAUCGGAUAUGGUGAUGGGACACUACAGUUCUGGAGUGUAUCGGAAAAGAAAAUUUUGUGGAGUGACUGCGGUCAUGAAUCGCGGGUGUCUAGCGUUGCGAUGAGUGGUGAUGGAAAACGUGCAGUAUCUGGAUCCCGGGACAGCAGCGUACGAGUUUGGGACGUGGACACAGGACUGCAAAUCGGCGACGCAUUAACUGGACACACGGGUUGGGUAGAGAGCGUUGCGAUGAGUGGUGAUGGAAAACGUGCAGUAUCUGGAUCGUAUGACGACAGCGUACGAGUUUGGGACGUGGACACAGGACUGCAAAUCGGCGACGCAUUAACUGGACACACGGAUGGGGUGGAGAGCGUUGCGAUGAGUGGUGAUGGAAAACGUGCAGUAUCUGGAUCCUUGGACGAGAGCGUACGAGUUUGGGACGUGGACACAGGACUGCAAAUCGGCGACGCAUUAACUGGACACACGAGUUACGUGGAUAGCGUUGCGAUGAGUGGUGAUGGAAAACGUGCAGUAUCUGGAUCCUGGGACGAGAGCGUACGAGUUUGGGACGUGGACACAGGACUGCAAAUCGGCGACGCAUUAACUGGACACACGGGUCGGGUGGAGAGCGUUGCGAUGAGUGGUGAUGGAAAACGUGCAGUAUCUGGAUCGUAUGACGAGAGCGUACGAGUUUGGGACGUGGACACAGGACUGCAAAUCAGCGACGCACCAACUGGACACACGGGUGAGGUGGAUAGCGUUGCGAUGAGUGGUGAUGGAAAACGUGCAGUAUCUGGAUCCCGGGACAUGAGCGUACGAGUUUGGGACGUGGACACAGGACUGCAAAUCGGCGACGCAUUAACUGGACACACGCAUUGGGUGCUUAGCGUUGGGAUGAGUGGUGAUGGAAAACGUGCAGUAUCUGGAUCGUAUGACAAGAGCGUACGAGUUUGGGACGUGGACACAGGACUGCAAAUCGGCGACGCAUUAACUGGACACACGAAUGGGGUGCUUAGCGUUGGGAUGAGUGGUGAUGGAAAACGUGCAGUAUCUGGAUCCCGGGACAAGAGCGUACGAGUUUGGGACGUGGACACAGGACUGCAAAUCGGCGACGCAUUAACUGGACACACGGAUGAGGUGUAUGGCGUUGGGAUGAGUGGUGAUGGAAAACGUGCAGUAUCUGGAUCGGGAGACAAGAGCGUACGAGUUUGGGACGUGGACACAGGACUGCAAAUCGGCGACGCAUUAACUGGACACACGAGUUUGGUGUCUCGCGUUGGGAUGAGUGGUGAUGGAAAACGUGCAGUAUCUGGAUCCUGGAACAGGAGCGUACGCGUUUGGGACGUGGAGAAAGGGAGUACAGUUCAUCUCGGAAAGUUGGAGGACUGGCAAGAUAUCGUGGAGAGAUUUCUGAAUGCAGAAAACUUACGUGCCGUCUCUCGCACUGGACAUAGGCACAAAAGGCUCAAGGUUUUUGAGAGCAGGGGGACGAAAAUUGUGCAUGAGCGAGAGGAUGGCUCUGAGGCUGUUUUGGCGCAGCUGGAGAGUACGGUAAUCUGGUGGGAGGUAGACGAUAAUCAUGGGGUCUUUGUUGCAGCGGCUGGCAGCCGGGUAGCUAUUAUGAAGCUGGUGGUCUAGGUGUAAGUUACACUUCCCUUAUCCUCUCGGCCAGGCACAGACGUUUCUAUUGUACGGUACGUGGCGGCACCUGUGGUGUUUCGUUUUUUUACAUGUAAAAUCUUGAGAAUCCCGGUUUACUGGCCGCGUC